UAAAAAAAUAAUAAAAAUGAUCACUGCCAGAUAUAGUACUGAUUAUUUGAAUAAUAAAAAAAGACGCGAUGUCUCUUGUCAUCGCUUUACUCUUGACGAAAAGAAUAAGAACUGGACAGAUGAAAGUAGGGAUGAACAGUUUCGACAUGACAAGGACAAGUUUAUUGAACUUGCUCAAGCUGCGUUAGAAGAAGCCAAGAUGGAAGAAGAGCAAAAAGGUGUAUUUCAAGAAUUACUCGAGACUUUCCUAGCUCGUUCAGGUGCUCCUGUAGUAGCUGAUGUUAUAUUAGAACAGUUUCGAAGCCAGGAUGUGAUUGAACGCUUAGCAGAAGAUCAUUUCGAACAGCAAAGAAGAAGAUCAUGUCUGGAUAAUGAAGCCAUUACACACGCAUUGAAAGACCCAACAAGUGAAGCUAUUCCUAAUGACAUGGUAACAAAUAGCAACAAUAAUUUCGAUACGAUCAUGCUUGUAUCUGAAUAUCUUUGGCGCAUUUUUCGACUCUUAAUCCUGGCUUGUCUUGUGUGCCUAGUUUAUCAUUUUAUUUGUACAGAUCCAAAUCAAUCACUUUUAAAAUUAUAAGAAUACCCCCCUCCCCUCUUCUCCUCUUUCCAUCAUCUUGUGUAAAUACCUUAAUAAAAAAAGAACUUGACAACUUACUAUGCCUUUUAUAGUCAAGAAGAUCCUUGAUUCGUUGUCUAUAGCAUCACUUUAUUUAUAUGCUCUUCUUUCUGAGUUUCAAAUAAAGAAUCGAACCAUAUUUGACCGAGUGGUGGGCUAGUGGUUUGCAUUGAUAAAUGUGUGUGCUUGUCU